AUGAAUUAGUAAACAACAGAAUUUGUGCACACUGAAUUUGAUUAAUAAUAUCAUAAAAUAGAUCAUUUGCACAACGAUAAUGAAUCAUUUUUAGGAAGUGGAAGCUAAAGGCAUAUAUCAUAACCACUGCACUUGAUUACAAGUGAUGAUAAAGUUAGUCAUAAAGAAUUAGAUAAGCAUGAAGAGUAGCUUUUUGACAAGUAUACUUUGAAAAGAACCAAUAGUGAUAGUGCUAAAAGCGCAAAUUUUAAGCAAACCAAGAUUUUAUCUCCAAAAAAUGAAAAAUCCCAAGAAUCUUUCUCUUAAAUUGUCCAUUUUGAAUCAGAAUUUGGUCUUGGAAAAAAGCAUUAAGAUCAUCUUGGACUGAUGCAUAGCAAAAAUGAAAAGCGAAGUCACUUAAAAAUUAACUAUAACAAUUUGGUAGAAGAUAAAAAAUCAAUGCGUAACUAGUAAUUUAUGAGAAAUACUUUUAAGAAAGUUAGACUUUAAUUAUGGGUAAAAAAAUUUGCAGUCAAGAUGAUAUCUCUAUUGAAAAGAAAUUAGUUAGCCUCGUUCUUAGGCAAAAAGGAAUUCUUUCAUAUUCUUAAUGAUAAAGCUGCAUUUUAUAAUUCUGAUUUAGCUUUUUAAAAAGAAAUAUAUUCACUUACAAAUAGAGAUAAAAAAUUUGAAUAAAUAAUAAAUUCCUAGAAUUUGAAAAAUUCAUUCAUAAAUUUGUAAAAUAAAUAAUUGUCUUGUAUCAAUAUGGAAUCAUUUUAAUCGUUAUUUAAGGUACUUAAUAGCAUUCCUGUGAUUUCUACAUUGUCUAAAUAAAAAUUUAUUUGGGAUUAAAUUUAACUUCUUUGUUUAGGAUUCUUUUUUAUAAUUAUUCCUAUAAUUAUUGUAUUUAACAUGACUAUCGAAGGCAUUAUAGGUACUAAUUUAGUUGAACUUUUCAUAGUUGUACUAAUGAUAAUUGAUGUAUUCAUUAAUUUUAACACGAGCCUUAUGCAAUAAGGCAAAGAAAUUAAAGAUCAUUACAAAAUUGCAAAGUUUUAUUUAAGAAAUGGGUUUUGUAUUGACAUAAUAACUUUGAUAUGUUUAAUUAGUUACUUUAUUGUAAGCUAAUAGAGGUAUUUGUGGCAUGUAGAAGUAAUAUCAAAUAUUUUACUUGUGACUUUUUAUUUGCGAUUACAAUAAUUCAGUAGAGUACUAAAAAAGAUUGAGAUUUAGUAUCAUUUCUCACCUUAAAUUAGCUAAGCUCUGAGACUUAUUAAAUUAUUGUUAAUGAAUAUUUAUAUCAUUCAUGUGCUGUCUUGCUUAUGGAUAUAAAUUGCCUAUUGGUAAUAUAAUACAAAUAGCUGGCUUAUAAAAUUUGAAUUAAUCAACUAACCUUGGUAUAUUCAGUUCUUAAAUUCAUUUUAUUUUAAUACUGUUACUAUGGUAACAGUUGGAUAUGGAGAUAUCUCUCCUUAAACAGAUUUAGAAAGAUUGUUCAGCAUAUUUACUGUUCUCUCAGCUUGUUGUGUAUUUGCAUAUUCAAUAAGCGAAGUAGGAAGCAUUUUUGAACAGAUGAACAAAGCGAACAAAAAGUAAAAAGUAAACAUGUUCAUAAUUAAUAGUUACAUGAAGAAAAAAAGAAUAACAAUAGACUUAUAAUAUUAAAUUCGUCAUUAUCUAGAAUAUUAUUGGAAUGAAAGCUUUUCAGAAAAUACUGACAAGUAAUAAAUGAUAAUCAACUAGCUCUCUAAUAAUUUAAAAGAAAACUUAAUGCUUGAAGCCAAUAGACUAAUUUUAGAAUCACCUCUUUUUAGAGAUAACUUUUCUUUAAAAACUCUUUUAAAAACUGUAUCGAUUGUUACUGAGCAGCGAUGCACGCCUGAAGAAAUUAUCUUUCUAGGAGGAGAAAGCGAUGAUAAUUCAAUUUACUUUAUUGAAAAAGGCCAAGUUUAAGUUUUCCACACAUUUGAAAAUCCAAAUUUUGAUUCCAAAAAUUAAAUGAAUGUGAGAGGAAGAGGAGAAUAUUUUGGUGAAGUUUGUUUUUUUACAGGGAAAUCUAGAGUCAAUAAUUAUAGAAGCUUAGAUUUUACAACGCUUCUUAAAAUUGAGAGGAAAAAAUUUAUAGAAAUUCUAUAAGAAAAUCCAGAAGAUUAUGAAAGAUUUUGUAUGAUUAAAGAUGAUAUAACAUUUAACAAUAACAUUAAACAUACUCAAAGAAAAUGUGUUUAUUGCAGAGAUUAGCCACUUCUUGAUGCAUAGCACAUUGAAGCUUUGUGCCCAGUUUUACACUAUAUUCCUAAUAAAUUAAGAUUAUAAGAUAGUUUCAAACACUAAUUCAAUUAAGAAUUAAGGAAAAAACAUUUUAGAUAAAGGUAAUUUAAAUAUAAUACCUUAGGCAGAAUUGAGCAAGCUAGCGGCGAUUAAGCAAAUUUUGUAGCUAGUUAAAAUUAAUUGCUGGAAAUUUAUAGCGAGUAAUAUGGGAUUAUUCACGAAUUAGAAUAUUUGAAUGAAUAGGAUUACUUAAUUGAAGGAUAAGAAUUUAGUGAUAAACAUUUAAACUAAAUUAACAGUAGGAACAAUUUAAAUAACAUUUCUGGUAACUUUAGUAGCAGCAGUGAUGUAAGAAGCUCUGACUCAGAAAUUUCAGAAAAUUCUAACUACUUUGAAUCUAACAAUAGCCAAGUUAACACCCCAAAUUCAUUAAAUAGCAUUUUCCAAAAUGAGGCAUUCACUAAAAAAUAUCCUGAAAUGUAAUCUUAAGAUAGGAAAAACUCUGUUAUUUAAGAAGCAGCAGAGUCAGAAUCUGACACAGAACUUUCCCCAAACCUAUAAAAUUUACAAAGUCCUUCUUAAGCAUCUAAAGAAGUAGAUAAAUUGAAUGAUCAAGAAAUAAUAUGCAUACAAAAUGAUGAAAAUUCAAAAACUGUAAGUGAAAAGAAACAAGAAUAAAAAAUAAUUAGUUAAAAACUGCUCUAAUAAGUUAACUAAAUAAGUAACAACAGUCCUAUGAGUUAAUCGAUUGAGAAGAAACAUAUUUUAAAGCAUUCUAAAACAUCAAUUUCUGAUAUCGAAAAUAAUAAUGAAAGCGAUCAAUAUAUAGCAGCAUUAAGAAAGAAAAGAGCAUCUUUAGCAAAAACCCAUUCAAACGAAAACGAGGAAUCCUUUCAAAAUAGAUCAAGAAAAAACAGUUAACAUGUAUAAAGUAAAAGAGGGUCUAAAGAUUCUGAGUAAAUUUCCCACAUGCAAAAUAAGCAAUAAUCUAAGUCAUAAUUUAAUGAAAAUAAUUUUAAACGUAGAGACAGUAAAAGUAUGUAGGAAAUAAAAUAAGAUAGAGAGUUAUUGAAGAUAUAUAUGGAAAGACGUAAAAGCGAAAAAAAUUUAAGUACUGAUAGCUCAUUUAGCUCAAUUAAAUAGAGUCAUAAACAUGAUCACAAAGAUCAAAGCAGUCUAAGAUUCCUUGAAUAUUUAAAGAAAUCUUAUUAAAUGAUUAAGAGUAAUCCCAAUAGCGAAAACAUUGGCUUGAAUGAACUUAUCAAAAAAGCCUCUAUUAAUAAUUAAUUAUGCUUAGAAGAUUAAUUUAUUGCAGACAAUAAAAAUUAUCAAAACUAACAACACUAAAACUUAUUAUAGUUUAGUUAAUAAAUAGAAACACUAGUGAAAAAUUUUAACUCAUUUUAGGAAAAUGUAUUAAGUUAAUAAAACCAUAACCACCGCCACCAUGAUUUUACAAGAUAUCAGCAUUUUAAAAAUUCAAAAUAAAAUAUUGACAAUUUCUUUUAAUAAUUUGAUUAAAUGAAAUCUUAUCAAAUAUAUUUCCCUCAUAAUAACUAUGAUUACGUCUUAAGUCAUUGUUACCAUAAAUAUUUAAAGUAAAAAAGACUUAAAAACAAAGAAUAAUAUUAAAAUUUUAAAUCUUGUUUCUUAUAGGGAUAAUCUAAUAGCUCUUCAAGCUAACUAAAUGAAUAAUAAAGCAGUAAUAGCAACAGUAAUAGUAACAAUAACAACAAUAAUAUGAAUAGUAAUAGCAAUUAUGCAGCUUUAACAGAUAUUUUUGGUUAAUCUUCUAUCAAUAGACUUAAAAUUCUUAUGAGUAACACAAAUGUAAGGUAAAACUAAAAAUAAGAUGGUAAGUCUUUGAAAUAGAAGCACAAAGAACCAUCACCUAAAAAUAAAUUAGCUGAUUAACCAUAGUUAGAAGAAGAUUUCAAAACUAAAUCAUCAUCUACUAAAAAAAAUGAAACAGACUCAGAAGGAAAAUCAUUUUAAAACGGUUUUUUUGUUGGUAGCAGUUCAUCUAAUUUUUAAUCUGAAAAUCUAAAUAGUGAAAAAUAAAAAAGUAGAUUUGGUAUUAAAAAUUCUGCUUCUUAAAAAUUUAAAAAAGACAACAACAACCCAUAUUUUGCAUAAUUAGAUUAAAAAGAUCAAGUACAUGAUCAUAUAUGA